AUAAACUCGAACAAUGUCAGAAGCACAGCAUUAUAAGCAACUAGUAGACGAAUGGCUGCGACUGGAUCAAAAUCCAGAAACCAGGGCCGAAAUUCAACAGCUCUGGGACUCCAAUCGUUUGUCGGAUUUGAAGCAAAGGCUCGGAAGUCGUAUAGAGUUUGGAACAGCUGGUUUGAGAGCUCGUAUGGAGGCUGGAUUCUCGCGAAUGAAUGAUUUGACGGUUAUCCAGGCUUCACAGGGUCUUGCAAAAUAUGUACUGAAAAAUGUAGACAACGCCAAAGAGAAAGGCGUUGUCAUUGGCCACGAUCACCGCCACCACUCUCAGACAUUUGCGAACCUCACAGCAGCAGUCUUCAUCUCUCUUGGAUUCAAAGUUUGGUUUUUCAGGCAGCUUGUUCAUACGCCAUUAGUGCCAUAUACCGUAAAGCAACUUGGUGGUGCUGCAGGCAUCAUGAUCACAGCCUCUCAUAACCCGAAGGAUGACAAUGGUUACAAGGUUUACUGGGAAAAUGCUUGCCAAAUUAUCCCUCCUCACGACUCGGGUAUCGCAGCUGCUAUUGAUGAGAACUUGGAACCUUGGAUAUGGGAUGAAAAGCUUGCCACUGAGAGUCCUCAAAGCCAAGACCCAGCUGAGAAAGGAGUUAUCGAGAACUACUUUAAGGAACUUGGUUCAUUGAGUGCAUUCCGCGCUGAUAACGAAGCUAGUGAUUUGAAGUUCGUUUACACAGCAAUGCAUGGCGUUGGUACUCCAUACGCGAAAAGAUCCUUUGAAGUUUUUGGACUAAAGCCGUUCAUUCCUGUUAAAGAACAAGUGGAACCAGAUCCUGAGUUUCCAACUGUCGCUUUCCCAAACCCAGAAGAAGGAAAAGGAGCUUUGGCACUGGCUAUGAAGUGUGCAAACGAAAAUAAUGCGCGCAUCAUUUUGGCAAACGAUCCUGAUGCUGACCGACUUGCAAUUGCCGAAAAGCAGUCAAGUGGCGAAUGGAUAAUCUUCAGCGGUAACCAGAUUGGUACUAUCUUGGGUGGAGCUACUUUGGAGAGGAUGCAAAUUUCUGGUGAACCUGUCGACAAAAUAGCUAUGUUGGCAAGUACCGUGUCUUCCAAAUUUUUAGCCAAGCUCGCAGAAGCGAAUGGAUUCUUGUUUGAGGAAACUUUGACUGGUUUCAAAUGGAUCGGAAAUCGAGCUCAAGAAUUAGAAGAACAAGGAUAUAAUGCUGUUUUUGCAUUUGAAGAAGCUAUUGGUUUUACUGUUGGCAAAGUCGUUAGAGACAAGGAUGGUGUCAGUGCCCUCGGUUUCUUCGCUGAGUGGGCUAUUCACUUGCAUAACCGCGGACAAACUGCCAACGAUUAUCUGGAAAGUCUGUACCAAAAGUACGGUUACUUCGUUACGGAUAACUCAUACUUCAUCUGUCGCGAGCCUGAAACUAUCAAAAAAAUAUUUGUUCGAAUGCGAUAUGGAGACCACCCAUGUCCUGAUGAAAAGUAUCAGUACAAGCUUAAUUACCCUGCCACCAUUGGUGGCCAUAAAGUGACUGGAAUCCGGGAUUUGACAAUUGGAUAUGACUCUGCAACACCAGACAACUACCCCACACUCCCCGUCUCUAGCUCUUCGGAAAUGAUCACCUUCAAGUUGGAGAAUGGUUGCGUUUUCACUAUUCGCACAAGUGGCACGGAGCCGAAAAUCAAAUACUACUCGGAACUGGCUAGUUCCUCGACUGAACAGGCUAGAAAGGAACUCAAGGUGGUUGUCAAUGCCAUUGGCAAUGAGUUAAUGGAAGCCGAUAAAAAUGGAUUAGAAGGUAGAAAAGAGGCAUAGAAUGGACGAUACAUUGAUAGCUUAUCCGAAAAUCACUUUGCUUAAACAUGACAAGUUCAUUGAAGAAAACAAAUUUGACGUUGAUUAGUUUAUUACAUAGGAUCCUUUUGUAAUGUUUCAACCAGUGAAAUAUUAGUGCGCUUUAUGCUUAUGUUUCUUUGCGUGUUUUGUAUGUUCAGCAGCGUCUUCUCUUGCCCAUCGUCUUAUGCAGAAAUAAUGAGCGACUUGUAGAAGAACAAUACCUAUAGUUC